ACCCGGGCAGUGAGGUCUGAGGUCUGUGUUUAGAUGCUACAUGUAAUUACACACAUUUAUUUAUUUGUUUUCUCGCUUCGUGUACAGUUGUAGCUGAGGAGGAGAACAUUGCUUCUACCCAACAUCAUUUCGGCUGCUGGUAAAACUGGAGAGAGCUUUCCAUAGAAAGAAGCACGCGCUGUCAUUCAGACACAGACGACGUCGUCAGCUGCUGAGACUGAGGCUCAGGCAACAGCAGGCCUCGGAGCGCAGUGCCAUGAUGGAGGGAGGCAUGCAACUGGUGAAUCGCGACGGCCACAGCAUCUCGCACAACUCCAAACGCCACUAUCACGACUCCUUCGUGUCCAUGAACAGGAUGCGGCAACGUGGCCUGCUCUGUGACAUCGUGCUGCACGUGGCCAACAAGGAGAUCAAGGCUCAUAAAGUGGUCCUGGCCUCCUGCAGCCCCUACUUCCACGCCAUGUUUACUAAUGAGAUGUCAGAGAGCCGGCAGACCCACGUGACGCUGCAUGACAUUGAUCCACAGGCACUGGAACAGUUGGUGCAGUAUGCCUACACUGCUGAGAUAGUAGUGGGAGAAGGAAAUGUCCAGACGCUGCUCCCGGCAGCCAGCCUCCUUCAGCUGAAUGGAGUGAGAGACGCCUGCUGCAAGUUCCUUCUCAGUCAGCUGGACCCCUCUAACUGCCUGGGCAUCCGUGGCUUUGCUGACACACACUCCUGUAGUGACCUGCUCAAGUCUGCCCACAAAUAUGUCCUGCAGCAUUUUGUGGAGGUGUCCAAGACCGAGGAGUUCAUGCUGCUGCCGCUCAAACAGGUGCUGGACCUUAUCUCUAGUGACAAUUUAAAUGUUCCAUCAGAGGAGGAAGUGUACAGGGCCGUAUUGAGCUGGGUUAAGCACGAUAUUGAUGGGCGAAGGCAGCAUGUACCCAGGCUGAUGAAGUGUGUGCGUCUGCCGUUGUUGACGCGGGACUUCCUGAUGAGUAAUGUGGAUACGGAGCUGUUAGUACGCCACCACUCUGAGUGUAAAGAUCUGUUGAUAGAAGCGCUUAAGUAUCACCUGAUGCCUGAGCAGAGGGGCGUGCUGAGUAACUGUCGCACUCGGCCCCGUCGCUGCGAGGGUGCCAGCCCUGUGCUGUUUGCUGUGGGUGGUGGCAGUCUCUUUGCUAUACAUGGAGACUGUGAGGCCUAUGACACCAGAACAGACCGCUGGCACAUGGUAGCAUCUAUGUCUACACGACGAGCCCGAGUCGGAGUUGCUGCUAUUGGGAAUAAGCUGUAUGCUGUAGGCGGGUAUGACGGUACAUCUGACUUGGCCACUGUUGAGUCGUAUGACCCUGUGACCAAUGGCUGGCAACCAGAAGUAUCUAUGGGAACCAGGAGGAGCUGUCUGGGUGUGGCAGUGCUGCAUGGACUACUCUAUGCAGCCGGAGGCUAUGACGGUGCAUCCUGUCUUAACAGUGCGGAGAGGUAUGACCCACUAACUGGCACCUGGACCUCCAUUGCUGCUAUGAGUACCAGAAGAAGAUAUGUGAGAGUGGCCACACUCGAUGGCAGUUUGUAUGCAGUUGGUGGAUAUGAUAGCUCCUCACACCUAGCCACAGUAGAGAAAUAUGACCCACAGAGCAAUGCGUGGACUGCCAUCGCCAACAUGCUGAGCCGGAGGAGCAGUGCUGGCGUUGCUGUAUUGGAAGGAAUGCUUUAUGUUGCUGGAGGCAAUGAUGGAACAAGCUGCCUGAACUCAGUAGAGCGGUACAACCCCAAAACCAACACAUGGGAAGGAGUGGCUCCGAUGAACAUCCGGAGGAGUACUCAUGACCUGGUGGCCAUGGACGGCUGGCUCUAUGCUGUUGGUGGAAACGAUGGCAGCUCCAGCCUCAACUCCAUCGAGAAGUACAACCCACGCAGCAACAAGUGGGUGGCGGCAUCGUGCAUGUUCACACGCCGUAGCAGCGUCGGAGUGGCCGUCCUGGAGCUUCUCAACUUCCCUCCACCAUCCUCACCCACGCUAUCCGUCUCCUCCACCAGUCUUUGACAAAGGGUGAAGACCCGACUGAGCUCCAGCGGCCUGCCCUGCGUGGCCAAGAGGCGCAACUGCUCAGUGUGAGCUCUGGUGGGGGAGAAGCAGUCUAUGGAUCAUAGCACAGAUGAAGAGAGGUAAAACAGUAUGAGAUAAAAAUGAAAAGUGAAGCCCACAAACUUCUGCCCUCCUCACCCUGCACCUUCCACCCUGAUGCUUGAAAGUGCAGAGUCUCUCUGCCAUUUUUAAGUCACUUGUAUAGAUGUAUACUGUAAUGUAUUUGUUUUUGAGAAAAAGAAAACGUCACGAUACUGCAAUAAUAUAUAAAAAUGAAAGAUUUCACCUAGGAAUGUAGUUCUUGGGUUCUGCCUUGCAUGUUUACUGAAAUUUUGUCUUGGCAGAAUAAAACAUUGUAGUGCUGCUGUGCCACACUAGGUGGCAGUGAUGUGCAAUGCUGCCACAUUUCACCAUUGUGCAUGGACGCACAGAAGCAGAGAGACUUCAUACAGUGCUGGAUGAAAUAAUCAUACUCUAAAUGUUGACCAGAGAAUUCAAGUACACGUUGAAUAUAUUUUCUUAUUUAUUUUAUUAAAUGUAAUAUAGAAACAUAUAACACUAAUUCAGAGACGUUUUAUGCAGAAGGAACCACUUUCAAUAUCAGAGAAGAGAGAAUGUUUGACGUUUUUUCAGUGUAGUAAAUAAAACUGAGUUCAUAGCCAUGUAGCCGUGUAUCUGAAGCCUUGAUAAAUUAUUGCGUAUGACUCCGCAAUCAUACCAUGAAAAAUGGAGACGAUGUAGAGACAGGAUUCUCUAUUAAAGAGUAUAGCCAUACUGAAAGCGGAUGUGACCUACAGCAACCUCACAUUACCUCACAUUAAUUUCCAUGCAGUGUUCACAGGUUCGUCUUGCGAAAGCCGAACCUAGUGCUUCUGAUUAAUUCUAGUCUGUUACAGAUACUUUAUCCUUCACAUAUGUAGGAUUCAGUCUUGUGUGUGUAUAUAUAUAUAUAUAUUUCAUUUCAGAACAUUCACUUCUUUUGCACCAUAGGGUUCAACCUGGUUAGAGAGUGAGUGUGUGAUGUGUAUGCUGCUGAGAUGUCAUGGGUAUUAGCAACUACCAAUGCAUCUUACAUUAGAAGAGAACACUGACUUAGAGGGCUGUGAUAGUGAGGAUGCAGGAUUACAAAACCCUUACUCAUUGUCACAUAUACUUUGGGGGAAAAAUGUAGCAUAACUUCUAAGAAGUUACAACCUUUUUUUAUUUUCCUUUUUUAAGGAUUUCUGUUCUUGAACCAACCCAUGCUAGGUUAGAAGAUAAGUAUAUGCAGGGAUUAUGAGUGAUAAGUCAGCCUAUAGAGGCUGUCUGCUGUUUUCUGAGGCAGGGAGGGUGUCCUGCUGGUUUGACCAGAAUUUUUUUUCCCAGGAUAACCAACCCUGACAAGAAAAAGACCAUGUACAUAAACAGAAAUUCAUUCAACUGUGCAAUGUGUAUGUAAACAUGGCUUUUUUCCAGUUCAUUUCGUUUCAAUGUGUUGUGGUUGUUUAUUUAUAAUGUUUUGUUAUAUUUAUGAAGGAAACUUAAUUAUUACUUUUUUUGCACUAUUCUCAGAUGGAGCAAUAUACUACUGUACACAAAAAAAUAAAGCUGUUUUCAA